UGGUCCAGUGGGCUGUGCAGCGGAGAUAAUUGACCCUCCGCCGUGUCACACAGAACCGGCCCUUCAUCCGACAACAUGGCGAGCGUUCGAGCUGCGUCCCGACUCCUCUCCAAGAAGGUGUUAUCCCACCCUAAAGCAGUCCCUGUUGCCGCAGUUCAGGGCUCUAGGAACUUUCAUUUCUCCAUCUAUGGCAAGAAGAACAAUGCCAAAGUGUCAGAUGAUAUCUCUACCCAGUACCCAGUCGUGGAUCAUGAGUUUGAUGCUGUAGUGGUGGGAGCUGGAGGAGCAGGACUUAGAGCAGCUUUCGGCCUAUCGGAGGCUGGCUUCAACACUGCCUGUGUCACCAAGCUCUUCCCCACCAGGUCUCACACUGUCGCCGCACAGGGCGGGAUCAAUGCUGCUCUGGGGAAUAUGGAAGGAGAUGAUUGGAGGUGGCAUUUCUACGACACAGUGAAGGGAUCUGAUUGGCUGGGAGACCAGGACGCCAUCCACUACAUGACAGAGCAGGCCCCUGCAGCCGUAGUGGAGCUGGAGAACUUUGGCAUGCCGUUCAGCCGCACUGAGGAUGGGAAGAUCUACCAGAGGGCAUUUGGAGGUCAGAGUCUGAAGUAUGGAAAGGGAGGCCAGGCACAUCGCUGCUGCUGCGUGGCAGACAGGACGGGACACUCCCUGCUGCACACACUCUAUGGACGGUCACUUCGUUAUGACACCAGUUACUUUGUGGAAUACUUUGCCCUGGACCUGCUGAUGGAGGACGGCGAGUGUAAGGGAGUGAUCGCUCUCUGCAUGGAGGACGGUUCAAUCCACCGCUUCAGAGCCAAGAAUACUGUCAUCGCUACUGGGGGUUACGGGCGUGCCUACUUCAGCUGUACGUCUGCCCACACCAGUACUGGAGACGGCAACGCCAUGGUGACCAGAGCCGGCCUGCCCUGCCAGGAUCUGGAGUUUGUCCAGUUCCACCCCACUGGAAUCUAUGGGGCUGGCUGCCUGAUCACCGAGGGUUGCCGUGGCGAGGGUGGGAUCCUGAUCAACAGUGAGGGAGAGCGCUUCAUGGAGCGCUACGCACCCAACGCCAAAGACCUGGCCUCCAGAGACGUUGUGUCCCGCUCCAUGACCAUAGAGAUUAGAGAGGGCAGAGGUGUGGGUCCAGACAAAGACCACGUGUACCUGCAGCUGCACCACCUGCCGCCCCAGCAGCUGGCCACCAGGCUGCCUGGUAUCUCAGAGACAGCCAUGAUCUUUGCCGGAGUCGAUGUCACUAAAGAGCCCAUCCCUGUCCUGCCUACUGUCCAUUAUAAUAUGGGCGGUAUACCCACAAACUACAAGGGACAGGUCAUCACUCACACCAACGGAGAUGACAAGGUGGUGCCAGGACUGUAUGCCUGCGGUGAGGCAGCCUGUGCUAGUGUCCAUGGUGCCAACCGGCUGGGUGCCAACUCCCUGCUGGACCUGGUGGUGUUCGGCAGAGCCUGCGCCCUCACCAUUGCCGAGCAGGACAAACCUGGAGAGAAGCUGUCUCCUCUGAAGCCCAAUGCAGGAGAGGAGUCUGUGGCCAACCUGGAUAAACUGAGGUUCGCCAACGGAAGUAUGAGGACAUCUGAGAUCAGGCUCAACAUGCAGAAGACCAUGCAGAACCACGCUGCUGUGUUCCGUACCGGCUCAGUGUUGAAGGAGGGAUGCGACAAAAUGGAUGGUAUCUACCAGACCCUGGAGAACAUCAAGACCUUUGACAGAGGCAUUGUGUGGAACACAGACCUGGUGGAGUCACUGGAGCUGCAGAACCUGAUGCUGAACGCCGUCCAGACCAUUCACUCCGCUGAGCAGAGAAAGGAGAGCAGGGGAGCGCACGCCAGAGAGGACUUCAAGGAUCGUGUCGAUGAGUAUGACUACUCAAAGCCCCUGCAGGGCCAGGAGAAGAAGCCCUACGAUCAGCACUGGAGGAAACACACGCUGUCCUAUGUUGACCCCAAGACUGGCAAGGUGACCUUGGAGUAUCGCCCUGUGAUAGACCACUCUCUGGAUGAACAGGAUUGUGCCCACAUCCCUCCUGCCAUCCGCUCUUAUUAAGAAGAUCUCUCGCCCUUCCCCUCUCCUCUCCACCCUCCUCAACUAGCGAACACUCUGUCACCCACCAUUUUUGUUGGUGCUUUUCUCGUUAUCAGUGGCGACUUUUUAGGGUAGUUCUGGUUUUGGUUCCACGUGUGUUUCCAUUAUAAAGAGUAUUUAAUUAUAAUAUCUCUUUGUCUUUGAACCUCAUUCCCUCUUGUCACCGUUCUGUUCCUCUCCUUCUUGUAUUGCCUUGAUUUAAUCUGUUUGCAGCAGAUUAAACUUCAACAUGCUUCAUGUGACUCAUAGUUUUGUACAUAGUCAUAACGCACUCAAGACAUCUUGGAACAGGGGAAUGUCUCACCGAACUUGGAAGAAAAGAAUUUGGGAAAAUUUACACCAACCAUGUGUUGAAGCACUUAAGCUUAAGCUUUUGUGUCAGCACUAUCGCCUCAUUUUCCCCAUCCAGAUUUGCAUUUAAUGUUUCAUCAUAAUCGCUUCCCUCUUUUGGCCCUGUGAGAAGCCUGAGUGAGAAGACAUUGCAGGUGUAAUUGUUCUUUGGAAUGUGCACACCACAGUCUAGCCACAGAGGGAAGUUUUGUUUAAGAAUGUAAAUAUUGCAGAAAUUUACAAUAAACAUGGCUAAUUAUAUUUAAAUGUCGAUGUAUGAGAUAGUUAUUGCUCUUGCUCCUUCACAAUGGCCUUCAGUCUUUUGUUAGUGUUGUAUGUGUGGCCAAAAAAAGAAAACAAAAUAUAGUAUAUCACAUGCGUCUAGCUCAUGUUCAGUAGAUACACUCACAUGAUAGGCUUAUAGAUAAGAAGAUAUAUAAGGUUCUACCUCUUAGGAAUGCGAACAAACUCCAGCAGGUUAAUGCUUGAAACUUCUCUGUAUUGUACAGUGUGUCGGUUGUUAAAAUAAGCGCUUCUUUUGGAAAUCAUCAUUGAAAUUGGAACACUAAGGAUAAAUUCCAGCACUUAAAGCCACGAAGCUGUUACUGUACCCUCCACCUAGCUGAAAAGUGUGCUACUCAAAAUUAAUGUAUAAUUCUAAGCGGCAGCCUUAGUGCCAGCUUCCCAGUGCUGUAAGAGCCUCUGCAACCAGAAUGUUUUGCGCUAAGAUGUAAACUGUUGCAGGGCAGAGGGGUGAUCCUUACCAGCUGGAAUUUGCCAAGUGUUCAUGCAGCUCUUACUAGUGAUUGUGCUUUUUGAAUUAAGGACAUACUCAAUCAGUGCUGUCAUUUGACGUAUUUAAUGAAUUGAGAUGGUGUGCUUCCUGUACUAUAUCUUUGCAAGGGUGACUUUAAUUUAUUAGCCUGUUUCACAAAUUUGAAGGUAAUUAUCUUCAGGUUUUGGCAUUUGUACUCAUUUUAAUAUGUUGAAUAAAGUGUAGCUCAUGCUUUGAAUUCAAA